AUGGAUUUCUCUCUCUGGAGAAGAAGGCAGAACCUUUCAUCCUCGUCGGACAACUCCUCGCCUCCGGCCCCGAGUCUCCAGUCUCCCGCAGCGUAUCAUACGUCCAUAGCAAACAUAGCAAAGGCAACACUAAGGCAGAGAAUCAAAUCCGAUCACUUCGUUGACAUGCCGCCCAUGUUCCCAGAAGACGCGGAUUAUGAGGAUGACCGCAUAUCCUGCAACUUGAGGCGCUGUGCUCCGGUCGAAGCUAAACCGGCUCAUGUCCCACAGACGGGCGUCCUGGAAGGGGAUAUCUCUACGAGAAGUAUUAUAAGCCAGUAUUUUAAGAAUGCGUUUUGUCCUCGUGAACAGCAGAAUCCGCCGCAGCUCCAGGAGGGACCAGACUCUGUCACCGUUUUCGAGAUCAAGUUGAACACGAAAAUCAGGGAUGUUGAAUCUCAUCUUUCGAACCUUUCAUCUUAUCUGGCUCAGAUCUUCCAACGACCGGAACAUUCUGUCAUGGUUACUAUUCAGCAGGACGCAUUCAUUCAGUUUGGAAACUCAACGGAUCUGGCGUAUUUGAUGAAAAUUUUUGCGCUUCCUGAUUAUAUAGCCCCAAUGACAAACCGGCGUAAUACCACCCUGGUCCAAUCCGCGCUACAGGAGCGAUUUUACAUUCCACCUGAACGUGGAGUCAUCAUCUACCUUCCAGUCCCCGGGGAAAACCUGGCAACCAAUAAUACCACUUUUAUGGACGAGAAUCCCCUACCUGAUCAGAAUCCUGGAAUUCUAAGGACUAUCUCCCGUUCCAUGAGCAGAAGGCUAAAGUCUAGCAGUGCGCAGAGUGCACCGCUGUCCACCGCGACGACAGCAUCGUGGGAUAAUCCAGCGGAUACUCAAAGAGGAUUGGGGGCGACCGUCGAAGAAAACGUUGGGCCCGGUGAGACUUCGAAUGCAGAAGAGAAUCCUGGACGAGUCAAAAAGAGCAAAAGUUAUAGAUCUUUAUAUCAUUAA